UGCGUGUGGCGCCUCCCUUUCUUGGGGUGCAGUACUACAAUGCCACUCCUGGGUCACCCAAACACCCAGAACUGAGCCUCUACUUUAGUCAAUCCUCUCCGGGAGGAGUUGUCAGUUAUAUAUCAGGGGGAUCAGGAAUUUCAGUCACUGCUUCGUGAUGAAUAUAAACAACAUUACAAUCUCGGCUGUUCGGCCUCGCACUAGCAUCCUGGAUAAAUCAUUGAGUAAAGGAAAAGGCGAAGUCAGUCUCAGUUGUUAUGCACUGUUGUUUUCCGAGCUGGUACAAUACUGUCAAAACCGAGUCUACACCGUACCUGAACUCCAGACCAAAUUAACUGAAAUGGGAGCUGAAGUUGGACACAGGAUGACAGAUCUUCUGAUAAUGCGAGAGAAGGGUGGGAAACGAGAGAUAAAGCUGUUAAACGUCCUCCUGUUCAUAAAAAGCACUCUAUGGAAAUCAUUGUUCGGUCGUGAAGCUGAUAAGCUGGAACAUGCCAAUGACGACGAACGAACAUAUUACAUUAUCGAGAAAGAGUCUCUGGUGAACAAAUUCGUCUCUGUUCCCAAGGACAAAGGUAGUCUCAAUUGUGCCUCUUUCGUGGCCGGAAUCGUCGAGGCUGUUCUCUGUGACUCUGGAUUCCCAGCGAAGGUCACUGCACAUUGGCAUAAAGGCACGACGUACAUGGUGAAGCUGGAUGACUCGGUUAUAGCUAGAGACAAGCAGCUCGAUGAUCGAUGAUUCUAAUUAUUCAAAUUAAUUUAAGUCUACGGCUAAUAAAAUUCAUGAAAUUAUCA